AUCACUUACUCCCCUUUAUGUUCAUAUAUCCAGAAAGAGUAUAUGCAGACCUUAUCUCUACCUUGAGAAGGUCGACUGAUUGUUUUCAAUAGACCUCAAAAAUGAAAGAAGCAGGACACAAAAAUUCGAGGAGAAAUCUCAAGAUUUGUUGUGGUGUUACUUUACUUUUGUCAAUUACUCUUAUAAUUGUUUCUAUCACUUUAUUCCAUACUGUUCUAAAGCCCAAAAAACCUCAAAUCACUCUCCACCCUAUUUCUCUAGAUGAAAUUGAAUCCCAAAUCUUUUCACGAUUAAGCUCAAACGUGACAUUAAGAUUAAGGUUGAUAAUCACGAUUAAGAAUCCGAAUUAUGGAAGCUUCAAAUACAAGGACUCAAUAGCUUCUCUUAUUUACCAUGGUAACAAUUCAGUGGGUGAAAUUGUAAUUGAACAUGGAACUGUUCCAUCUAAGGGAGAGUUAAAUAUAAACAGUUAUGCUAAUAUUAUUGGGGAAAAAAUUAUAACAAGUACUUAUUUUGUGAAGGAUAUUGAGGCUGGAAGUUUGAACAUGACAUCCAAUUUAACUUUGCAUGGUAAAGUGAAGGUGCUCAAAGUUUUCAAGAUUCAUGCAACUGUUACUAGCCAUUGUGACAUUUCAGUUUUGGUUCAUUCUCUUGCUAUUAAAUUAAGGUGUCAUUCGAAAGUCAGGUUAUAAUUUAUGUUACUCAAGACUCUUUAAAAAUGUAGGUGACGUGUGUGGUAUUCUCUAAAAGUGAUGUGUGUUUUGGAGAAUCCAACAUCAACGCCGCGGCAACAUUUUGAGAGAGUCUUGAAGUAACUAGUAAAGUUGCUGCUAUGUGACCUCGACGAGUUCAAGUCGUGAAAACAGUCUGUUGCAGAAAUGUAGAGUAAGACGAUGUACAAUAAACCUUUUUGAUUCGGACCUUCUUCGGAUCCUGCUCAUUAAU